UGUAGGUCGAGCCUGUGCUGCAUUUCUCCACCUCCCCCUCCCCACCAUCCCAUGAUCCUUCAUCUCGCUCCUUUUGGUUCCUCCUUUCUCUCUUUACCUCCUCUCACAGACAACCCUAAAAGCAAGUGAUGUGAGCGGAUUGCCAGAGCAGCAGUCUGUGCAAAAAAAAUCUGAGUAUGAUCAUGCCUGGAUGAACGGAAAAGCAUGGAAAUGGCUAGAAUAGGCUGGAAAGUAAAGUAACUCCCAGCUGCAAAUGAGAGAAAGAGGACGGGGGUGGGUAGAAGAGCGAAAACUGGCAUGAUGAGGACGAAACGUGGACCGUGCAGAGACAAAACACUGGGAAACAUAUAAGAUAGCAAGAGAUCAAAAUCCCCUUCUGCUGCUUUAGAAGACGUGAGACCGGGAAGAGUGAUCAGAUUGGACAGGGACAUGUUCAGAAAGUAAUGAAAAGGAAACCUCAAAUUGCACCUGCCUCGAUGCCGGCUAACCUGUUGCUUCUCCUCCUUUUUGGGGUGCGUGUGCUGGCCAUUUGCCCACCAAUGUGCACCUGUAGCAGAGGCCAUAGAGUGGUAGAUUGCUCUGCCCGAGGGUUGGCAAUACUUCCCGAAAGCCUGCAGCACAACAUUCAUUUCCUCAACUUGUCCUAUAACCGCAUCCAGAAUCUCGAUGGGCUCCUCAAACAUUUCGACCACUUAAGAACUCUGGACAUUUCUUAUAACCAUUUGCACCACCUUCCUGUCGGUCUGCCAAGAGCUCUUUGGGAUAUACGUGCCUCAGGAAACUACAUCCGUCAACUGGAAAAGAACGAUACAGCCUACCACUGGAACCUUCAGAAUCUGGAUUUGUCCUACAACUUGCUGGAACGUGCAGUUUUGAUUAACAAUACAUUGUCCAAUCUACAAGCUCUCAAUCUUAGUCAUAACAAAUUCUGGACUGUCCCAACGAACAUGCCCUACAAUUUGGAAAUGGUGGACCUUUCUCACAACUACUUGCUGCAGAUCCUGCCAGGAUCUCUCGAUCGCCUUCCUAGAUUGAAGAGAUUCUACUUGCAUGCUAAUCGCUUCACCUCAUUAAGCAAAGAUGUUUUUAAUCAACUGGAUGAUCUGCAGCUCCUCACACUUGGAGACAACCCUUGGGCUUGUGAAGAUGAGGAGAACAUAAACCACCUGCUGACUUGGAUGCAAAAAACCCCAGCAAAAGUCUUGGGCUGCCCCUGCUACACUAGACCUACAUGUGGCGAGGUCCACCUGGCCACCAGGAGAACCUGGCACUCAGCUGCAUUCACAGAACCACCACUGGGUGCCGAUGCUCGCCGUCCUGGCCACAGAGUCCCACUGCAUGCAGUUACUUCUGGGUACUUGUCCAAGUCAGCCCAGUUGAAUGUGGCUCUCAUUAACACUUCUGAGGCAGGCGAGCAGGUUCUGAUCUUGGGUGGAGGAUUUCAUACAUCAACUCCACAUAGCCUGUCCACACAGUCAAGCACAACAAUCAGAACACGUAGCACCAAGAAGGCCCAACCAGGCAAAGCUCACAGCACAAGCCAUCAAAUCCACAAACACAGCUUUGAAAUCCCCAUCUGGAGCCUUUUAUGUACUGUUGUCAUUUGUGGUGCUUUGUGAUUCUGCAUAAUCUCUUUAACUAAACCUGCUGGUUUGAGUCUUGAAAACAAACAA